AUUUGUGACAUGAAUUUGGUUUAUUGGUUCUAAGCAGGCUCUACAUGCUCCACCUAAAGAUCUCUGAAGAAGAGGACGGACAUCGUGAAACUGUGCAGCUCAAAGAGGUGGUGCUACAAAACGAUGACCGACUCCUGGACGAGAUGCUCUGCCAGGAAAUCUACAAGAGAGUCAUCAACCGUAGAGUUGGCUGGGGCAUCCCGAACACGCCGCUCCACAUCGCCGCGUCUACAGGCCAUCUCAGCUGUCUGCAGGUCCUGCUCGCCCAUGGAGCCAUAGUCGACUGCGUGGAUGCCAAAGCCCAGACGCCUCUUUUCGUCGCUGUUCGAGGGAAAUACCUGGACUGUGUCUUAGAGCUCCUCCGAGCGGGCGCUGACCCCAACGGCAGCUUAUUCAAUGGCUCUUCCCCCAUCGUCACCGCCGCCAGAGAGGGCAAUGUCAGGAUCCUCAAGGAGCUGCUCCUACAUGGCGCUGAGGUUAAUUCCCGCUCCAAAGUCUCGCUCUGGACCUCCACUGUCCGGGUCUUAAGCGGCCCACUGUACCUUGCUGCCGUUUACGGGCACAUGGACUGUUUCAAGCUGCUGCUCCUGUUCGGGGCAGAUCCAGAUUAUAACUGCAUGGAUGCAAAGUUGUUGGGCAGCAUCAGGCAGCCCAAAACGGUGCUGGAGAUGUGCCUCAGGCACGGCUGUGGUGUGGAGUACAUCCAGCUUCUAAUCGACUUCGGCGCCAACGUCUACCUCCCCACGCUGAUCAUCGAGAAGUCCACGAAGCAGAACGAGGCCGUGGAGUUGCUUCUGCAGGAAAGAGGAAAUCCGAAGGCCUUGACCUCACAGUGCCGCCUCGCUGUCCGACGACACCUUAAAAAGAUCAACAAGAUUCACUGCAUCGAACAACUGGAAAUGCCGACGAGGCUCCUCAACUUCCUGCAACACAAACCCGUCCCGGCGAGCGUCCUGUAGCUCCCAAUGCGUAGGACUUUUGGACUGUGAAACGCUUCUAGGUUUUGUAAAACUGAUUAAGUUUAAUUAAAUGUGUGAGUAAGUCA